CAGCCUCCUUUACGGAGGGCCACGCUGUUGAGCUCGCUGUUUGUAAACAGACGCCACUUCAAGAUGGCGGCGGGAGGGAGCAACCUUAGCCCCUGCAACCGAGUCAACGUCCCUAAUGGCGGCGGCUCGGGCAGCCCGACCCUCGGCACCGGCUCGUCGCCACCUCCCUCGAUGUUGGGGGCCAGCCCGGGCGGGGUAGGGGCCGGGGCGGCGGCCGCCGCCGCGGUGGUGAUCUACCGGGAGCCCAUGUACAACUGGCAGGCCACGAAGACGACGGUGAAGGAGCGCUUCGCGUUCCUCUUCAACAACGAGAUCCUGAGCGACGUGCACUUCCUGGUGGGCAAAGGGAUGGGGACGCAGCGCAUCCCCGCUCACCGCUUCGUGCUGGCCGUCGGCAGCGCCGUCUUCGACGCCAUGUUCAACGGCGGCAUGGCCACCACCUCCACCGAGAUCGAGCUGCCCGACGUGGAGCCCGCCGCCUUCCUCGCCCUGCUCAAAUUCCUGUAUUCUGACGAAGUCCAGAUCGGGCCAGAGACUGUUAUGACUACAUUGUACACUGCUAAAAAGUAUGCAGUACCUGCCCUUGAAGCACACUGUGUGGAGUUCUUGAAGAAGAAUCUCCGAGCAGACAAUGCAUUUAUGCUUCUUACACAGAGGCACAGAGCUAUAUGUGGUAAUACCUGCAUAAGGCCAUGCGAAGCAGUCGUGGGACAGCCAUCUGGAUCCCAGGGUUCUGUUUCUGUAUGGCCACGGAACAGGGAGGAUCGAGAGAGAGAACUAAACGGGGACGAGGAAAUUAAGGAAGGAGUCCAAGUUGGAGAGGGAGAGGCAAGGCUUUUCGAUGAACCACAGCUUGCCAGCUUAUGCUUGGAAAAUAUUGAUAAAAAUACAUCAGAUGCCAUCAAUGCAGAAGGUUUUACAGAUAUAGAUUUAGAUACACUAAUGGCAGUGCUAGAACGUGACACUCUAGGAAUCCGAGAAAUUCGGUUAUUUAAUGCUGUGGUUCGUUGGGCAGAAGCAGAGUGCCAGCGACAGCAGCUUCAACUCACACCUGAAAAUAAACGUAAGGUGUUAGGAAAAGCCUUGUCGCUCAUCCGUUUUCCACUAAUGACUAUUGAGGAGUUUGCAGCAGGACCUGCACAGUCAGGGAUUCUAACAGACAGAGAAGUUGUUAGUCUUUUCCUACAUUUCACAGUCAAUCCAAAGCCUCGGGUAGAGUUUAUUGACAGACCUCGUUGUUGUCUAAGAGGCAAAGAGUGCAGCAUCAAUCGUUUCCAACAGGUGGAAAGCCGUUGGGGCUACAGUGGUACAAGUGACCGGAUAAGGUUUACAGUGAAUAGGAGGAUAUUUGUAGUUGGGUUUGGCUUGUAUGGAUCAAUACAUGGGCCCACAGACUACCAAGUAAAUAUACAGGUUAUCCACACUGACAGCAACACAAUUUUGGGACAGAAUGACACUGGCUUUAGCUGUGAUGGAUCAUCUAAUACUUUCAGGGUUAUGUUCAAGGAACCAGUGGAGAUUUUGCCCAAUGUUAAUUAUACUGCCAGUGCAACAUUGAAGGGGCCAGAUUCUCAUUAUGGAACAAAAGGACUUCGUAAAGUCAUUCAUGAAUCUCCAACAACAGGCACAAAAACAGUCUUCACAUUCUGUUAUGCUGCUGGGAAUAACAAUGGAACAUCAGUAGAGGAUGGGCAAGUCCCAGAAAUUAUCUUCUAUACGUAGUCAAGUUCAAUGGGACCUUGAGAUCUUCAUUGGUCUCUCAAAUACAAACUGAUUGUAUGCUAUUGUAUAUUUGAAAUGAAGAGUAAUGUGCCUAAUACUAGGCACAAGUUUUGAAUAUUGUGCUUUAUUGGCUGACAGUGUAAAAAAAAGCUUAUUUUCCCUUUUUCCUCCUCCUUGGCUCUGUAUUGUCACAGAAUGUAGGAGUAUUGUUAUUGUGGUGCCAAUUCUAAGCAGUUGUUUUGCUUAAUGAUGUGAGAAAUGCACUUAUGUAAUGAGGGCUGUCGCAAAGCUGAGUGUCUAAGCCUUGAAGUUUCAGAUUAAAAGACCCACAGCACUAUUAUGAAGGCCAAAGACAUUAUACUGCAUAUGAGGAGAGCUUCAAAUUACUGUAUAAAAUACAAUAAAAUACUGUAUAAAACACAAUACUAUGUAGAAAACUAGAUUAUACCAGCAACUUAUAACAUAAACAAAAUCUAGAUCUUUAAGUGGGGAGUGUGUUAACUGGUAAUGUCUAACAACGUGUAUUAGAAAAUGUUAAUUAGUACCAAAAGACAACUCGAAAACUAAAAUACGUCAAAUCUAAUUUCAGCUCUUGCUCUCCAUUUAAUGUUUUAUAAAGGGUGUAUUCCUUACAGUUCAGUGGAAAAUCUCUCAUUCUAUUACCGUGAUAACAUACUUAGCCAGUUAAAUAUGGGUCCAAUUUCCAGGGAAGUUACCCGCAAGGUAGUAUGUUUCAACAUGCUGAAGACUAAUGCUUUCUGUUACUGGUGUAAAAUACAAUUAAAGCAAAUAUACACAGCUUGGCUAUUACGUGGUUUCAAGAACUGUUAUUCAAUAACUGGUAAAUGUAGGGGAGCAUCAAAUUUGAUAUCUGCUGGGUAGUUUGAUAUGUUUUCAAAUGUAGAGAAUUCCACCCUGAAUUUUGUGAAAGGACUGAGUUGCUCAGAUCUAUAAUUGUUUUGUAAUGGGUAGGUGGAACAAAAACAGAAUAAGAACAGUGAUUUGUCAAUGACGACUGUAUAAUGCAGGUCAGUUUUAAAGAAAAGAUCUCCUCCAAUCAGAAAAAAUGACAACAUUAAAGCUGCAGAGAUUUGGGAAAAUUCCAGGGAUUCCAUAAUCCAUAAUUCCAAGAGUUAUGUUGCAUUCUCUCCACAUUAUAUUUGUAAAAACAUUACUUUAUUUUCUUUACAGAAUUAUGUCAAGCAGUUUGGAGGAAAGAAUGAUCCUAUUCCUCCAAUGAUUUUCAGGCUACACCUUAAUAGCUCUGUGUGUGUGUUGAUUUCCCUCCCUCCCUCCACCCCCCACCAA